UUCCAAGUGUACUUGGGAAAUGCAAUAAUCGUAUGAAUAUAAAUCUUAUUGUAAUAUCGAUAUGGAAUAUAAUACUUUGUAUGGCUAACUCUAAUAUUACAGAAUUGAAAGAAAAAGAAAUAAAAGCAUUAGAAAGAGAGAAAGGUGAUCUGUUUCUCAAAAUAAAUAAAGCUAUAGAUGACAGUGUAAAGGUAUUACAGAAUAGUAAUGAUUCAGAUUCUCAGUUAGGAGUAUUGCAUAUGAAAGAACUUAAAACUCAAAUAAAGAUAAUAAAUGAGACAGAAGACGUGACAGAUACAAAACAAGUAGACGAAGAUUCCAAUAUAGAAUUAGAAAAUAUACAGUUAAAGAAUGCAACAGACGGAAGAAAAUCAUUUCGUAAUACACAACAGAAAAAUAAGAAAGUAAAGCUAGAUUUACUUGAUAUAGCAAAGCUUUUCCCGACCGAAGAUAUUGGCAACGCAAAUGAUACAGAAAAUAGUUUAUUUGUUCAAAAUAAACUAGACCAGUGGAUUUUAGAAAGGAAAAGAGAGAAAGAUCGUAUUCGAGAGUAUAGUGAAAAAAAAGGAAAAGCUCUACAGAUACGAGAAAUGUCUAAGAUUUGGGACAUUUAAGAAAAAGAAGCAGAGUAGAAGAAGCGGUAAAUCGAGAGGAAUAAAGUAUCCUUGUUGCAGGAAAUGUUGUAAGAAAUCUUAUAUGGGCUAAACACCAAAUACAUCACUUGUAAGUUAGUAACGUAUAUAAAUGACCGCGUACUGUACGAUUUUAGAAGAGUUUUAUAUCGCGAA